GCUGUUGUUGCUGUUUUUCGCUGUUUUCGAUUGUCGGUUGUCGUGUAAUUCCCAUUUGUCGUACACUUUGUAGUUGCUCAAGAAACUCAUGUUAGUCUACUUUCGACUGUUACGCAGAUUGUUCGUAUCGUUCGUGCUGCCCGUGCUGCCUGUGCUGCCUGUGCUUGUGCCCCGUGUGCUUGUGCCCUGUGUGACUGUGCCGUGCCUGCCGCUUGGGUUCGUCUGCUGCGCGCCGUCGCUUCAGGUUGUGCUGCCUGACUGCUGUUGCAGCUCCUCCGCAUUGGUUCGUAUUCCGACAACUUCGACUCUUCGGUCUCCAUCUCCGGCUACGGCUACGGCUCCGGCUCCGGCUCCAGCUCCGUCGUCUUCGUUUUCCACCGCCGCUUGUGGCAGCCGUCGCGGAUUUGUGCAUCUCUACAACUAAGCCGUGCCCGUACCCGUACCCGUGCCCGUGCCAGUACCCGAGCCCAAGCCCGUGUCCCGUAGCACAAACAUCGCUCAGAUACUAGAUUGCUGGCGCUGUUGUUGAAACUGUUACCUUCUGAAACUACGCUUUAGCCGUCGGCAAGUGAAAUCCAGAUGCAAAAAUAUCCACAAAAAUACUGAGACUCCGUACGAGCAAGCCGCCGCGCAAUGUGCUAAUGAAUACCCAUUUAAAUCCAAUUGCGAAAUAAUUAUAAAUGAUGUUAUAAUCGGAAUAAUCGGAAGAAUCGGAAGAAAAAAAACUUCGUACACUUUAGCACAAAUAUCGUAUUUUUUUUGGCAGUGUGUUAGCUUGCCCGUGAAUUUGAGUUCGAUCUUGAUCGGGACUUCAAGACUACUUUAAAGUAUAAGUUAAGAGCAAAAAAUAAAUAUUAAAUGACAGUGCACAGUAAUGAAACCGGUAUCUGUUUAGUAAUGAAUGCCGUUUCAACUCACCUUGCCACUUCAUCGCCCAACACACCUCCAACCAACGCGCCGUCGCAGACCCCUCCGUCGACGGUGCCGACGCUAGCUUGUCCCGCUAACCAGCCAUUGGGUACGCCCGUGUCCGGGCCCGGGCACAGUGGAAUGGUGACGUCUACGGUGCCACAGGGAGCGCGCUCCACCUCCCCAUGCGGGGGAGCGGCUGGCCUGCCAGCACUGCCCGUGCUCGGACAGCCGCCUCCGGGACCGCACUCUUCCGGUCCAGUUCCACCGCCCGGCUCCGCAAAUCCCAAUCGCUGCUGUGACACGGGGCGCACCAUCUACACGGAUCCCGUCAGUGGCCAGACGAUCUGCUCCUGCCAGUACGAUAUGCUCAACUACCAGCGGCUGGCUGCGGCGGGCGGCGUACCACUCGGUGUCUACCCAGAGGGAAUGUCUGCAUACCUUUCGGGCAUUGCCGGCGAUCAACCUCCGUUCUACGCUAAUCCGGCUGGAAUCGAUCUGAAGGAGAACCUUGUUGCCGGCGCAUCCCCGUGGCCAUAUCCGUCGAUGUAUCAUCCGUAUGAUGCUGCGUUUGCCGGCUAUCCCUUUAAUAGUUAUGGCAUGGAUUUGAAUGGGGCUAGACGAAAGAAUGCGACCCGCGAGACAACGUCCACCCUCAAGGCCUGGCUGAACGAGCACAAGAAGAAUCCCUAUCCCACCAAGGGCGAAAAGAUUAUGCUGGCCAUUAUCACAAAGAUGACGCUGACGCAGGUCUCCACGUGGUUCGCCAAUGCGAGAAGAAGACUGAAAAAAGAGAACAAAAUGACAUGGGAGCCAAGGAACCGCGUCGAUGACGAUGAUGCCAAUAUCGAUGAUGACGAUGACAAGAAUACGGAAGAGAAUGACUUAUUAGAUGCAAAAGAUUCUGGUGUGGGUUCUACGGACGACAAGGACCGUUCCGGUCGACUGGGUGAUAUGAUGGCCGACCGACCAGGCGAGAGCAACAACAGCGAGUGGUCUGAGUCGCGCCCGGGCUCUCCCAACGGGUCACCCGAUCUCUAUGAUCGGCCAGGCAGCAUGCCUCCGGGCGCACAUCCCCUGUUCCAUCCCGCUGCUCUGCAUCAUCACUUCCGCCCACCGGCGGGCUCUCCGCCGGACAUAGCCGCCUACCAUCACCAUCAGCAGCAACUGUUGCAACAGCAUCAGCAGGCGCAGCAGAACUCCCUGCAGACAGCCGUCGGGGGUACGGCCAAGCCGCGCAUAUGGUCGCUGGCCGACAUGGCCUCGAAGGACUCCAGCAAGGAGUCCAGCUCGGUGCCCAAGGACAGUUUGGGCCCGGAGCUGCCACCGUCGCAUCCCGGCUUUUACGGCCACCCUAGUCAGCAGCCGUCUCCUGGCAAGAUCCUGUCGCCGUUGGCUGCCCGCAUACCCAACUAUUCGCCGUACGUGCGACCCGACCUGUACAGAGGCUUCUACGGGCCGGCGGCAGCGCAUUUGAGUGCCCCGACGCAAGAAUUUCUGGAGCACCAGCGUUCCUUCAACGCCAGCCUGGCCGCACACAAUGGCCUGGGCAUGAAUCCGCUGCUGUGGAAGGCAGCCGUCUCGGGGGCGGCCAAUGGGCCGCACUUUGCACCACUCAGCCUGACGACAACGGGAGUCGCUGGUGGACCCCAGCAGCUGGCACCACCGCCUGUGGCAUCGCCGUCGGCCUCCAGCUCGUCCUCAUCGAUGGGCUGUGAUGUUGUCCAUAUUCCAACAUCGAGCGGCCAGUCAGCGGCUCAAAACAUGAUGGGACCAAUUUCCAGUAAUUCAACCGCUUCGUCAUCGUCCUCGCAGUCCGGCAAAAUAUCGCCGGGGGUGAAUGUGACAUCGUUGUGCGCAAAGCCAUGACCCCAAUCGGCAUGUGCGUCCCCAGAUCCGUCGGCGAUUGUGAACCACGGAGGAGCCGCUGCUGCUGCCGCUGCCGCUGCCGCAGUCGCUUCUCCAAUCUCUGCCUUCCGCUCCCUAAUUGCUUUUCGAGAGCAACACCUGCAGCAGCAAACACCGAAGUUGACGCUUCUGCGGCCAUAGUCGAGGCCUGGAGAGCGAGAACAGCGAGAACAGCGAACGAAGCAGUCAAUCUUCUACUGAAUUUUACGAUCGUAGCCCGGGCAAAGAAAGGUAUACACUUUCGGACAAUAAUUUACAUGUGAUUAUUCGGUAUUUUGAUUAAAGCCGCUUAUACCAAAUAGCAAGCAAGCAAGCAAAACCAGCUGAACAUGGCGGUUCCUUUUGGCACGAGAACACCAAUCCCAACCGCUACACCCCUGACGUUGUGCAAUUUUGUGGAGAAGAUAAUCCAAAAAUCAUAUGAAAGUAAUAUUUUUUUUUUUUUUUUUAAUAAUCUUAAAUUACAUACAACUUAUGCAAUCAGAGCUUAUAGGAUGUAAAUUGAAAAUAUAGCAGGGGCGACCAUCAAUGAAAUAACGUAUUGUAUGUACUACUCGACUACUAACAUAACCAAAAGGUGGGGCAGGUCGGACUUGCCACCCGAUCCUCCCAAAAAAAAACACACACAAAAACCCACUAGAAUCGCAGUUCUUUGGCAGCUUGCAGGUCCACAGACCAUGUGCCGCAAGUCCACUUCUUACCCUAGAUAUACCCAUAUCUAUCAGUUAUCCAAUUAUUGAUUUGAAUUUGAGUUUGAGUUAGGUCUGAACUUGGGGUUUUUUUCGUAGCUAGCUCAUUGCGGAACUUAUAAAGGACCUGGGGGAGGACGAGAAACAUAUCAACUGAAGAGAUCAGUUUGCAAUAGAACAGAAUACCUAUCACAUCAUCAGGCCAGUCCAGUACAGUCCAGUCCAGUCGUCAGAAACAGCCCCUCUCCCCUCCUCAAUCAGAUCAGCCCGAGCCUUAACCCAAGCCAAAUGUACACGAGCAAUCAUUGAUUUAGCUGUUAUUGUUUUUAUCGUCUUAAGUUUGAAAAUUGUUCCUGUCGCUUGUAAACAUAAUUUAUUCUACUUAAUGUGUACCAUAAUUUUCAGUGUCUGUAAUUUUUUUUUUUUUUUUAUAAACUAGAGAUCCAUGUAUGUAUGUACGAGUAUCGCUGUACUUUAUGCACAAGUUGUAAGAAUGUAAGGCUCGCGUAAUUAUAGCUUCCUAAGCGUAUAGUGUAAAUUAGUAAAACUGUAUAUACCAACAAUAAAAAAUGAUAAAGAGAUACAUUAAAAAAAAA